GUCACUGAGACAGCACCGUUAAGAAGAGGUGUCAACUAGAUUUAUUGUAGUAGUCAUCUGCGAAACUUCGUCAAUAAACGUGUAUAUCACAGGUAAGCUAAUCUAACUGCAUCUACAAAACAUCACUCACAGGUAAGCUCUAUUAGCUACGUCCACUACACAGUGCGCAAAGGUAAGUUUUUCUGACCACGUCUACUUUAUAUCAUUUACGCGCAAGCUAAUCUAACUACAUCGGCUAUACAGCAUUCAAAAGUAAGCUAUUCUAAAUACGUAUAAUCUACAACAUUCACUGGUAAGCUCUUCUAACUACGUCUACUAUACAGCAUUCACAAGCCAUGUUUCAUUUGCUUUCUAUUCAUUCAAUGUUUCUGUUUAUUGAUUAAAUUGUCUACCCAUUAACAAUUCUAGCAGAUUUUUAAAAAAUAGAUAUUUUUGGUAUUGACAAUCAUCAAUUAUAAUGAAUAAUCUUUAAACGUGAAAAUAAAAUAUCUAGGCUCUUUUUACAUGCGUAGAAAUCGUAUGAUAUUUCCAUUUGUGUGAUAGUGGAAUACAUAUAAAAAGGGGACGGGAACAAGCAGGGUAACGUAAAAAAAGGAUUGCAGCAUCGGGGGGCGAAAUUUAGUUACUAAACCUAAAUUAAUCAACGUUCAAAUUGAAGUUACACGGUAAUUCAUGCGCUAUAAAGUCUUUUAAUGGUCGGGGAGAUAUAUUUCACCGAAUAUUCAAGUUCAAGUGGUUUGUUGUUUUAAAUUCAUGCUCACAAAAAAUAAAAAAAUAAAAAUAAUAAUAAUAAUAAAGCUCUUAGGUAGGCAUGAUAACGUCAGACAUUCCCAUGAGACCUUUGUGUGUGUGUGUGUGUGUGUGUGUGUUAAACGACGUGGCUUACGUGCCAUAAUAAAGUGACUCGCCAGGAAGGACUUUAGGAGAGAAGCGCUCAGUGACGAUAGAGUGUAAAGUAUUUUGUACCGAGCCCCACGAAUUUCUGAUUUAAAUGCUUCGAGUCAAACUGAAGAAAUCCGAGUCAUUUUGGUCAGAAACAUCAAACAAUGCAGACAUUUGUAGAACCCCCCCCCCUUCUCCCAACAAGUACGUUUGCAGUACAAACACAAGUGCGAUGUGUCGACAGUUCACAACUGCCACCGAAAAGCCACGUUGCAUGGCACACAAAAAUACCGUGGUUUGGACAUUUCAUAGUUGCCACCGACCCCGUUUCAGACUGCUUGAUACCGUUAAAAGCGAUCGCCGUCGACUUACUCUUGCUCUCUUCCUUCCCCAUUUUCCUAUAUUUAAUGUCUGACCUACUAACGAUCUACCACAUUCCUCUUGCUGUCCCCUCGGAUAAAGUAGUUUAGUUAAGUUUCUUUUAGGUGUGUUAGUAAUUAUUGUUUUGUUUUUUAGCUAAAGAAGCUAAAGAAGUCUUCUUGCCGACACACUCGUUGUUUUAUUGCGUCAUAUGUUCAUACCUUUUUUUUCCAAAUAUUUCCCUCUACCUAAGUCUGAUUGAAAUAACUCUCCCCAAUUUAUCUGAACAGUUAUGACAGCACGGAUGCAUCCAGAAGUGAUACUUGCCAUGCUGAUGUUGAAGACGGUGAGCCCAUGCGGCGUCUGCGAUCCAGACAUCCCGUCCAGGACACGUCCGCCGUCGCAGAUGGUGGCCUCGUCUUACCGGGGGCCCCUGCCCAGCUGCCGGCCCGGAGAAUACAUUCAUGGGCAGUCAGGCGCGUGCACGCCCUGCGCCAACGGCUCGUUCGUCACCGCCGAGAUGGUGAGCUUCCUGAACAACAUGGCGUGCAUGAGAUGCCAGGAGCCAAGUGAGGUACGCUGACUUCAGAAUUGUCGGUGUUUAGCUCUGUUGUGGCUUUUGCACGCUUCAGAUUUCAAAAAAAAUGUCAGCAGCUGUAGUCUUGUUGUGCAUGCUGGUAAUCUCGAGCAGAAGGUUGAGUUGCACCGCGGAGUGAAAGAUUUACGGGACAGCCUAUUGAGGAUGCUUGAGGACUCUGUCCUUUUCUCCACUCCUUUUGUAUCAGAGCAACAGUACAACAAAACGUCUCCUUAGACCGUCAAAAAAUCAAUUAAUCAGCAAACCACGCUAUAUAAAACCAUUUAUAAUAAUAAUAAAAAACAACAACUUUUUUUUCCCCUCACGGCACACAUAGACCCUCCCCAGGCUGCCGUGGCAAAACAUAAGUUGAAAAUUAACAUAAUAAAUAACAAAUUUAAAAAAAAAAAAGAAGUUUUACCGUCUUUUACAGGUACUAAAACAUUUUUUGAUCAUUAUUUUUAAAAGUUAAAAAAAAUAGUCGGGAAAUCAGCAUGAGACAGUAGCUAUCUUUUUAAAGAAAUGGAUGUCAUCUAAAGACGGUAGUAUGGAGAGGACAGAAAUCUAAGGAAAGAUUUAAACAAAAACGGCCUUAUCAAUUUAUUUGUUGUUAACAUAUAUGAACCUGGCCUGAUCGACUCAGGCUAUGUCAGAAACUGUCCGACUCAGUAACAAAAUCAAGAACAUACAGGACUCCGGCCCUCUUACGUUCAGCGACAUUGGCUACUCCUCCAUUUUGGCUGGCCCGAUCCCCAUCCCGAAACAUGCAAACUGCUCCAACAUUGUUGUAGUGUUUAAUCUGCUAAAAGAAGGCAUCUGUCCCAAACGUCCGUUUAACUUCUUGUCAUUUUGGCUGUCCUCGUGAACAUAUUUCGUUCCAAUACUCACUUACUUUACAUGCAUUAAACACACUAUCUCAUUUAUUAUAUAUUCCUCUAUUUCUUAAUUGUACUCAUCACAUUUAAACAAUUUUUUUUUUUAUGAAGUGCACGAAAAGUUAAAUGCAGAAACUAGAAACUACGGAGGAUUGUAUCCGUGCCACAGAAACUAAUGGCAAAUUUGUGCAUUCCAUGGACACUAAUGGCAAAUUUGUGCAUUCCAUGGACACUAAUGGCAAAUUUGUGCAUUCCAUGGACACUAAUGGCAAAUUUGUGCAUUCCAUGGACACUAAUGGCAAAUUUGUGCAUUCCAUGUACACUAAUGGCAAAUUUGAGCAUACCAUGGAAAUUGGUGGCAAAUUUGUGCAUACCACGGAAACUAAUGGCAAAUUUGUACAUACUACAGAAACUGAUCGAAAAUAUAUACAUACCUUAAAAGCUAAUGGCAAAUAUGUGCCUAUCCCAGAAGCUAAUGGCAAUUAACCCUUAUGGACAACAACAACCCGUUUUUUUUUGUUCAAAAGUGUAUUCUGGUAGUGCGCAGACAAUGUGUGCGCUCCAUGGUGCGCAGAACGCUGACACCAUUUUGACAUUCAGUGCAGCACCGUUGCCAUCCCUUACCUAGAACUGGGAAAACCCCCAAACACUAAUUAAUAGCCUUAUAACUAUUUACUUAACCGAUUGGAUUUUAUAGCGUAAUUAUUUUACUCAUGUUACAUUCUAUUUAUCCAGCAUGAGGUCCUAAUUAACCCAUGUGCCACCACCGUUGACAGUGAGAUACUGUGCAAGCCCGGCUUCUACAGGCCCAGGGAAGAAGGAGAAAACUGCAUCUGCACGUCGAGAUGCGUGACGUGCUCAACCUGUGGGGCUGGCAGCAACCUUGACCUCGGUUACGAGGGGCGGCCGUGCGGAAAGCACGAUGACGUCAUGUGCUGCAAGUGGGAGGCUAUGGUCGUCAUUGAUGACGUCUGCAUGGCCGUUGAGCUAAAGAGCGAGCAGAAGCUGACCUUUGAACUCGGUGAUGGUAACUCCGUGAGCUUUCUCUCCGUUUCCCAAUCCGUUAUGUUACUAUGCAUGCUUUCUCUUACAUUUAUUAAUGUAAUUAUUUAGAUUUACUUAAAUCCUUUUAAUCCAAAUGCAAAAAACGUCUUUCUUGGGUAAAUUUUAUCAUAAUGUUUACUGAUUUUAUAUUAUAAAAUAAAUUUUAUUUUUUAAGUAUUCUACAUCAUAUCAAGAAAUUGUGAUUACACUUCUCCUUUAUUUAUUAAAAUAUCUACUUCCAUAGGAUGAUAUAUGUCAAUGGUUCUCAAACUUCCUAAUGCCGCGACGCUUUAAAACAGUUCACGCUGCAUGAGAUGUUGUGGUGACCCCCGCGCCCCCCCCCCCCAACCAACUAUGAAUUAACUUUCCUU